CAACGAUCUUCUCUCCCCUUCAAAACCCUCGGAUUCAACAGUCCACCAAUGAGCUUCAGAGAGAGAAAGAACGGGGAGGAGCUUCAGAGAGCGACAAAGAUUGAAACUAAAUGAGAGAGAGAUAGAGAGAUAUAUAUAUAUAUAUAUAGGGUUUUUGUUUUCUUUUUUACUUUGUUUUCUAGUGUUAAAGAAAUGAUUUCGGUGUUUUCGCGAUCAUAAGCUUCCUGCAAAUUAAAGCAACGGCUCUGGUGAAUCGGUAGCUUUGAUUGCAAUCCAAGGCCCCACCGGAAUCAGACCCAACUGACCCUCAACGCUCUCUCUCACUCUUCAAAUGGUUUCCAAGAACCCGAACAAGCCUUCAAUCUCUAACUCUACCGUUCCUGCGAGUCCUUCAAAUAACAAAUGUUUAGCUGAAGAAGCUUCCGUGGAUAAGCUGCAAAAGAUUGGAACACCAAAGAUGGUGGGGCAGGCAAACGGCAGCAGAAGCCGGCAGGCCUUCUCGGUUGUGAAUGGCGGGCAAGACCUCGGUCCACUUGGCGGGCCGGCUAGCAUUGCAGGUUCUGAUUGCAGUAGUGUGGACUUCACAAGGGAGGAUGUCGAAGCAUUACUGAAUGAGAAGAUGAAAACAAAAAAUAAAUUCAAUCUUAAGGAAAAAUGUGACCAAAUGAUGGAUUACAUUAGGAGGCUUAGGCUCUGCAUCAGGUGGUUCCAAGAGCUAGAAGGAAACUACCUGUUGGAAAAAGAGAAGCUAAAUCAUUUGUUGGAAUUGGCAGAGAAGAAAUGCAUUGACAUGGAGAUGCUAAUGAAGGCAAAAGAAGAGGAAUUAAAUUCAAUCAUUAUGGAGUUGAGAAAGAACUAUGCAUCUUUACAAGAGAAAUUUGCCAAGGAAGAGUCAUAUAAGUUGGCUGCGAUGGAUUCUCUUGCAAGAGAAAAAGAGGCUAAAGCUGCGGCUGAGAAAUUGCAAGCUUCUGUCUCGGAAGAGCUCCGGAUUGCUCAGCGGGAGAACUCAAGUGCCAAUCAGAAGAUCUCAUCACUUAAUGAUAUGUACAAGAGAUUGCAGGAGUACAACACAAGCUUGCAACAAUACAACAGUAAACUCCAGUCAGAGCUUGCUACAACUAACGAAACCCUUAAGCGUGUGGAGAAAGAGAAAGCUGUGGUAGUGGAGAAUCUCAGCACUUUAAGGGGUCAUUAUAGCUCAUUGCAGGAUCAGCUAACUUCAUCUCGAGCUUCCCAAGAUGAGGCUUUGAAGCAGAAAGAGGCUCUUGUGAGUGAAGUUGGAUGUCUGAGGGGAGAUCUGCAGCAAGUGAGAGAAGAUCGUGAUAGACAAUUGUUACACGUACAGGCUUUGACAGAUGAAGUGGAGAAAUAUAAAGAAUGUAAUGGAAAAUCAAGUGCUGAGUUGGACCGCCUAGCAUUGAGGUCUAAUGAGUUGGAGGCAAGAUGUUCAUCACAAAGUGAGCAGAUAAGAACAUUGCAAAAUCAACUUGCUUUUGCUGAUGAGAAAUUACAGACAUCUGAUUUAUCUGCAUUGGAGACGAGGGCAGAAUUUGAAGAGCAAAAAAAACUGAUUCAUGAGUUACAAUCUCGUCUUGAAGACGCAGAAGUGAAAAUUAUCGAAGGAGAGAAACUACGUAAAAAAUUGCACAAUACAAUAUUGGAACUAAAAGGGAAUAUCCGUGUUUUCUGUAGAGUAAGGCCUUUGUUGCCUGAUGAAUAUGCAGGUACAGAACAAAAAGUCAUUUCUUAUCCCACAACAACUGAAGCACUCGGACAAGGAAUUGACAUGAUACAAAAUGGACAAAAACAUUCUUUCAUGUUUGAUAAAGUAUUCAUGCCUGAUGCCUCACAAGAAGAUGUUUUUGUGGAAAUCUCACAGCUUGUACAGAGUGCUCUUGAUGGAUACAAGGUCUGCAUAUUUGCUUAUGGCCAAACAGGAUCAGGCAAAACCUAUACUAUGAUGGGUAGGCCAGGAAGCCCAGAUCAGAAAGGGCUGAUACCUCGGUCCUUGGAGCAGAUCUUUCAGACUAGGCAAUCUCUUCAACCCCAAGGAUGGAAGUAUGAAAUGCAGGUGUCGAUGUUGGAAAUAUAUAAUGAGACAAUACGGGAUCUGUUAGCAACAAAUCGAUCAUGUUCAGAUGUAUCACGUGCAGAAAAUGGGGCUGCAGGAAAGCAAUAUGCAAUUAAACAUGAUGCCAACGGAAACACUCAUGUUUCUGAUUUGACCAUUGUGGAUGUUCACAGUACUAGAGAAGUUUCAUAUCUUUUAGACCGGGCUGCCCAGAGCCGGUCGGUUGGCAAGACCCAAAUGAAUGAGCAAUCUUCCAGAAGCCAUUUUGUCUUCACCCUCCGUAUAUCUGGUGUUAAUGAGAGCACCGACCAACAGGUACAAGGCAUCCUGAAUCUUAUUGACCUUGCUGGUAGUGAGCGUCUCUCUAGGAGUGGGUCCACCGGUGACCGGCUGAAAGAAACUCAAGCCAUUAAUAGAAGUCUGUCAUCUUUAAGUGAUGUUAUAUUUGCCUUGGCAAAGAAGGAAGACCAUGUUCCCUUCAGGAAUUCGAAACUCACAUAUCUUCUCCAGCCUUGCUUAGGUGGAGACUCGAAGACCUUGAUGUUUGUCAAUGUCUCCCCCGAACCUUCCUCAGUUGGAGAGUCACUCUGUUCACUUCGGUUUGCAGCAAGGGUGAAUGCUUGUGAGAUUGGAAUUCCUAGGCGUCAAACCAACACACGGUCUUCAGAGUCUCGUUUGAGCUAUGGUUGAUUUUGAUCGUUUAUCUUCAUAGUAUUUAAACGUCAGCCGAGAACAUAAAGCAAGCAAUCCUAACAUGCCUUGUAAUUUGUAUAGAUAAACGAUUAUCGGGCUUGUAUCUGUGAUAUUGCCUACCACACCACUGAAUCAUUGAAUUUGUAUUCAUAAAAGCUCCAAUUCAGGGUUUGAUAUUUAGCAUAUUCCUACGGGGGUCCUUCCUUGCCACGUAUUUCACUUGGUCUUCAUAUUCAGCAAGGCAGUUUGUUUGCUUGCAUCUCAGAAUUCAAGGUUUCUGUCCCAAACAGUUGCAUGAAACAUGAUGCAGAUUGAUUGAUGCAUUGUGUCAAAUUAUGCCAUUUUGAUUCUUGAUCUCUCUGAAGUCUGUGUCAAGUUAGAGAUCAAGAGUAAUGCUAUUAUGUUUGUGUCAAAUUAUGCCAUUUGUAAGAGUAAUGUUAUUCGGCCCACUGAAGUGCACCCAUUAAGCCAAUUACUAAUAUACCCUCAAUUCAGAUUUCCUCUCACUCUCUUCUUUCUCUCUCGCUAUCUCCCGCACAACCCUGCCUUUAUUUCUUCUCUAUCUCUCUCUCUUGUGUAUGCGCUCCCUUUCCUUCUUCCCCUUCCGACUGUCUCUCUCCCUUGCCCGUGCAUCUCGUUCCUUUCCUCCAUG